AUGAGCGGCCUGGGUAUCAAGCUUGGCUCUCUGUUCAUCAGACAGAUCUCCAAGCCCAUAUCGAACAUCAUCAAGGCCCAUGCACAACAGCACGAGUAUUUCCGCAAGAUUUGUAUCUCUGUAGCACAGAAAGUACACAAGACGGACAUCACGGUGAGGAUGAGACUGCUCGGUGAGGAAGGCACAGCGAAGGUGCGCCCUCUUAACGAUAAACGCGCCAUAGAGACCGGUGCCACGUUCCUGUCUGAGACGUUUGUGUUUGCCGUUGCCGGGAGCAUAGUGGUAUUCGAGGCGUAUAGGCAGAGACAGAAGGAGUUGACCAGAAGAGAGACCGUCGAGGACGACAUCAAGACGUUACAACACGAGAUUGAGUAUCUCAAGAGGAAGCUAAGGGAGUACAACGUUCGAUUGGACGAUUACACGCCGCUAAAGGAUCUCAACCCCAAGGUGCUGCGGCUCGAUGAGAACGGUGACUCUGUUGAUCUAACGGUCCAGGUCCAAGAGCUGAACGACCGCUUGGACGCGUUGGAACGCGUCGACACUGCAAAGGAGGGAGACGCAGAGGAGAAGAAGUGA